AUGCAGCACCAACGACAACAACGUCGUCAAAAUUAUCGUGUCGCACCAUCAGCAUCAUCAGUAAUUGAUAAUCGUCUAGUUAAUUUGUAUGCUGAUCUAGCCGCACUCGAACAGCGACAUGUCAAUUCGUCGACACCGUCAAUCGAUCUGAAUCGUUUGAAUGCUUUGCUUGAUGCAUAUCGUUACAGUUGCUUACAAUUAAAAGCACGCUAUAAGAUCGAAGAAGAACGAAUCAGCCGUCGUUUUGAUUUAGAAACGCGCUGCACUCAACAACAUUUCCAGGCAAAAAAAAGCGAAUUGAAAGAACUUUUACUCGAUCGUCUUCGACGUAAACGUAAACUCGUUGUCGAAGAGAUGCGCUCGGCUAUUGAUAUUCAUUCACGUUCGUUUGACGCGGACCCAUUACUCGUCACAAUGCAACCACCGCAUCCAUUGCAAGCUAAAGCGUAUAAUUUCCGACAACGACCCGACAUCGGUCAGCAAACAACAGCGUCUUCUUCGACGGCGAACGAUGAUGAAUUUUCAAGCUUGUUAACUAUGAAUGUCAUGGGCAGCAGCGGCAUUCUAUCACCGAUUCCGCCACAGCAAGCCGCUCGAAAACGUCUCGUUGGAGCUUUCAGCAUCUUUCAACUGCCGAAAUGGACAAUAAAAGAUGACGAGUGUGAAGACGAUUUAAGAAUAAUAACAAACAGUCGAAAAUAA